AUGAACUUCGCCCCAUGCAACAGCACAAUCCUAACAACGCUUUUAUCGAGUACAUCUCCCGUGGCCCCAGCGUAUUCUAUCCUGCCUGAUCUCGUCACAACCCACAAUAUCCCGCUUCAUAUUUACUCCGGCGAGAACGACUUUCUCCUCAACCAUUUCGGCACCGAACUGAGUCUCCAGAACAUGACGUGGAAUGGAGCGCAAGGGUUCUCCCAAAAGCCUAACCGACCCUUUUUCAGCGAUAAUGCUGCACCCUCACCUUCCUGCGAUAAGGGAAAUACAACGGAGACGUGUGACGUUGAAGCGGGCGUCUGGGGGUCUGAACGCGGGGUGACUUACCAUCUCUUUUGGGGGGCAGGCCACAGUGUGUAUGGCAAGAAGCCCCGCGAGAUGUUUGCUUAUGUGCGAGAUGUUGUUGUGGCAGGCUGA